GUUUGCCUCGGUUGUAGACUUUGUGAGGAUAAGAACGACCACUUUCUCUCUCUUCCAUCCCUUACAAGAACCCUCCCUCUCCCUCUUCUUCACCGCCUCCGUUUCAUAAAUCUCUCUCUCUCUCUCUCCAUCCACUAUUCUCUACUUUUCGGUGUGAAGCUCAAUAGCAAAAGCAAGACAAAAAGUAACCGAGUAUUUCAGUCGGGUUGUUCAAACUGGCGAUCGACAAUCAGGAAACUGCCGUCCGCGAAAUCAAGCCGAAGAACAGGCGAAUCAUGGGCGCCGGAGGACCCGACGACGAAGACAACCGGUGGCCGCCGUGGCUGAAGCCGCUGCUCCGGGAGCGGUUCUUCGUCCAAUGCAAGCAACACGCCGAUUCCCACAAGAGCGAAUGCAAUAUGUAUUGUUUGGACUGUAUGAACGGCGCUCUCUGUUCCCUGUGUCUCGGCCACCACAAAGACCACCGCGCCAUUCAGAUAAGGAGGUCAUCGUACCAUGAUGUGAUCAGGGUCUCGGAGAUUCAGAAGUAUCUGGACAUCACAUCGGUUCAGACCUACAUUAUCAACAGCGCCAAGGUUGUCUUCCUCAACGAAAGGCCGCAGCCGAGGCCCGGCAAAGGGGUCACCAACACCUGCGAAGUAUGCGAGCGCAGUCUCCUUGAUUCCUUCCGCUUCUGCUCUCUCGGAUGCAAGAUCGUGGGGACCUCCAAGAAUUUCCAGAAGAAGCCGAGGAAUCUGCUGGAAAAGAAGCACCAGGCGGUGACGGCUACGUCGGACUCCGAGGACUCGUACAGCAGCAGCAGCCAUGGCCGGCAGAACAGCAACAGCAGCAACAAAUUCCAGAGCUUCACGCCGUCAACGCCUCCUCCAACCGCCGUUAAUUUCAGAACGGCUAAGCGAAGAAAGGGAAUUCCUCACAGAGCCCCAAUGGGAGGGCUCAUUAUCGAGUACUAAGACCCCGACACUUUCCACAUAUUACUCUAGAACCCCUAAUAUCCUCGUUAGCUAUCAAAAUCCCUCCCUACACUAGUGCUUUUCAGUACCCCACCCAAAAGGCCUGUGUAGGUGCUUUCGUCUAUUGUAUAUAGAAGCAGCUAGUAGAAUAUGAUAGAAAUAGAAGGGCAAGAAUGAAAAUAAGGCGGUUUUUGGCAAAAAUAAAAAAAUAAAAAGGAAAAAAUUGAAGAGUUUAGCCCAAAAAUAUAGGGUGCUCGGUGGAGUGAUGUAUACAUAAGUUUUACCAUGGGGUUGAAAUGUAAAUAUAGUGUUUUUACGGUAGGGUGUGUAUAUAUAUAUAUAUGGAAUGGAAUAAAAUAGAAAUUUCCUGUUUUUUGUA